CUCAGUUCAUGCCGGCCCAAGAUGGCCGAGGACCGGGCUCUGGCGGCAGCGACUCACCAAAGGGAUAUGAUGACAAAUUACGCUUGAACUUUUUUUUUUUGACUCAGUCAUAUAUUAUAAGAAAUCAACGCCCCCUCUCCCCCCCCUCCUUUCCCUUUCCCCCCGCCUCCUCCUCCCCUCAGCUCUUCCAUUUCGUGUCUCUCCGUUUUCCACCCUCAUAUUUAGUGUGUGGGUUUUUUUUUAAUUUGUCCCCACCAAAACCUUUUUCAAGACGUAGCAUGAUAGUGCUAGGAAGAAAAUGGGUGAGAAGCACGAACUGCGUCUUAAAAGCCCAGUGGGUGCGGAAGCUGCUGUGUAUCCCUGGCCCUUGCCGGUCUAUGACAAACAUCAUGACGCUGCUCAUGAAAUUAUCGAAACCAUCCGAUGGGUUUGUGAAGAAGUCCCUGACCUUAAGCUUGCUAUGGAAAACUACGUGCUAGUGGACUAUGACACCAAAUGUUAUUUACACUCUUACUCUUCUAGUUUUGAGAGUAUGCAAAAGCUUUGUGAUAAGUACAACCGGGCCAUGGAUAGCAUUCAGCAGUUGUGGAAAGGGACAACACAGUCUAUGAAACUGAAUAUUCGCCCUAGCAAAGGCCUGCUACGACAUAUUCUGCAACAGGUCUACAACCACUCAGUAACUGAUCCAGAGAAACUGAACAAUUAUGAACCCUUUUCUCCAGAAGUUUAUGGAGAAACAUCGUUUGAUUUAGUCGCGCAAAUGAUUGAUGAGAUCAAGAUGACUGAAGAUGAUACAUUUGUUGAUUUGGGAAGUGGAGUUGGUCAAGUCGUGUUGCAAGUUGCUGCAGCUACACACUGCAAGCAUUACUAUGGUGUUGAAAAGGCAGAUAUACCUGCAAAAUAUGCUGAGGCAAUGGAUACAGAGUUCAGGAAAUGGAUGCGAUGGUACGGGAAGAAAUAUGGGGAGUACACUCUGGAAAAAGGUGAUUUCCUUUCUGAAGAAUGGAAAGAAAAAAUUGCAAGUACAAGUGUUGUGUUUGUGAAUAAUUUUGCCUUUGGUCCCGAGGUGGAUCACCAGCUGAAGGAGCGAUUUGCAAAUAUGAAAGAAGGUGGCAAAAUUGUUUCUUCCAAGCCCUUUGCACCAUUGAAUUUCAGAAUAAACAGCAGGAAUUUGAGUGAUAUUGGCACUAUCAUGAAGGUCGUGGAGUUAUCACCGCUGCGAGGCUCAGUUUCAUGGACUGGAAAACCAGUCUCCUACUAUCUACACACAAUUGACCGGACCAUACUUGAAAACUACUUUUCUAGUCUCAAAAAUCCAAAACUCAGGGAGGAACAAGAGGCAGCUAGACGUAGACAACAAAAGGAAAACAAAGAAAAUAAGAGCAGUACAACAACUCCAACCAAGGAAUCUGGUCCUGAAGAGGAGAAAAUUGGGGUAACCGGAAUUAAGAAAUCAUCUUCACCUGCUAAACCACGUAAAAACAAAAUAAUUAAUAAAGGCAAGAGAAUUGCAGUUAGAAAAAGAGGCCGCCCCAAGAAAAUGAGCACUGCAAUUUCAAAAAGAAAUACAAAGAAAAGCCAAUCUGCACUGGAUCUUUUACAUGCUCAGACUCUCUCAGCAUCCUCGCCUCAGGAUGCAUACAAGUCACCUCAUAGUCCAUUUUACCAACUACCUCCCAAAGUGCAACGCUAUUCACCCAAUCAGUUUUUACUGGGUCCUACACCACCUGCACUGCAGAAGCUGCUAGAGUCUUUCAGGUUGCAGUAUCUGCAGUUCAUGGCAUAUAUGAAGACACCUCAAUAUAAGACAAAUUUGCAGCAGUUACUGGACCAGGAAAAGUUGAAGAACAUGCAGUUGACAGGAACAGCGCAGCAGCUGUUUAGACAUUGUCAGACGCAAAAGGAAGAGGUCCGCCAUCUUUUUCAGCAGAAACUUGAAGAGUUGGGUAUAAAGGCCAUGACGUUCAAUGAUUUACUCCAAGCACAGAAAGAGAUUAUUGCGCACAACAGGCAGCUAAAAGAACAGACAAAGCAGCUGGAAAAGGACAAUGGUGACCUCAGGAAACAAAGUCUGCAGCUGCUGAAAGCACGAUGUGAAGAUCUGAGUUUAGAUUGGUCUUCACUGUCUUUGGACAACCUGCUGAAGGAGAAACAAACCUUGAAGGGCCAGAUCUCAGAAAAACAGAGGCACUGCUUAGAGCUUCAGAUAAGCAUUGUGGAAUUGGAGAAGUGUCAACGACAGCAAGAAUUAAUACAGCUUAAAUCUUACAUGCCAUCAGAUGAUGUAUCCCUUCAGUUACGUCACAAAAACAAGAAUUAUGAAAUGGAUACCGAAAGAAAUAGAUUUCAACUUGAAGUUGAAUGUCCUAAAAUUCCAAUGGGAAGUAUGAAUGGUUUGAGCCCCGAACUCUCCAUUAAUGGAAGUGCAACUCCUUUUGAAAUUCACAGUUCUUUAAGCCGACCUUCUUCCAAAUCACAGAACGUAUACAACACUGUGUUCCCAGACCAGGAAAAUGGACUGUGCAUGCCAAAUCUUAUGAGCAAACACAAAUUGGACCGAUCGUUGAGUCAUUCUCUUCCUGACUACACCAGAUUUUCUCCAGCCAAAAUAGCACUUCGCCGACAUCUGAACCAGGACCACACAGGAGGGGGAAAGCUGGCACAUGAAGCACAGCUGACCUGUGCCCAGAGGUUUGAAAACCUGAGAGAAACUGGCCUUCCUCAUCCAAACGCAGGACUUCCUAAUGGUAUUCAGCAUGGUUCCAGUGAACAGCUACAACCAUCGUCACCAACAAUCCAGCAGAUGGCAUGUGAGAAAAGCAUCGAGAAGCUUUCGAAAGAGUUUAACAAAAGUCCAGUUAAUAAUUCAGAAACCAUAACCAGCCUACCAAUCAGUAUUCCAUUGAGCACUGUUCAACCAAACAAAUUGCCUGUUAGCAUUCCUCUGGCCAGUGUAGUUCUACCAGUUCGUGCUGAGAAAGCGAGAAACACACCUAGUCCUAUUCAUGUUUCAAAUCGUGACUUUUCGAUGCUUGACAAACAAUAUGGUGCUAAUUAUGGAAAUGCAGCUGCAAACAAACCACAGUCUUUGGCUACCUCAGGUUUUUGUUACUCAGCUGGUUCUGUGACAGUCAAUGGACUCCAUUCUGGUUCUUCCAUCCAGUCAACACCGAAUAGUCACGACAAGACAUUGGAAGAAUCUGAUUCCACCAGCGUAGGUAUCCUUGCCAACAGUUCUGCCUUGCAGAGUACAACCUUGCCGCAUCCAACAAUGCAGCUGAUGCAGCCUCGGAGUUCUGAACACAACUGUCCAGCUUCGCAGCAUUCAGCCAGCCCUAGGCUCCCCAGCUGUCAAAACCCACCAGCCAGUUCACCGAAUAUUGUUGGGGUUUUACAGUAUGCAGACACACAAAAGGCCUUCUCGGAGGUAAUGAAUAAAGAUUUACCAUCGGACCAAGGUGCCUCUGAUCAAGAGAACGAAUCUAAACGAAGAAUAAUAUUUUCCACUGCAAAUGGUGGAAAUAUAAAGCAGCCGGUUUUAAACAAACAGGCUUCGAUUCCGUCAACCAUCAAGUUGGAAACUGGACAGCCAAUGUCUCAAGAAGGCAAAAAGAAGGGCAGAAGAAAACGUUCUUCCAUGACUUCCAAUAUGAAUGUAGGCAGUUCUCCUAAACGGAAAUCCCUGCUUGCUUCUCUGGGUCUGUCUUCAGGAUCUCCUUUGAAUAUAAAUUCAAUGGUCAAUAAUAUCAAUCAACCUCUGGAAAUAACAGCAAUUUCAUCACCAGAAACGUCAGUGAAAAGCUCUCCAAUUCCACAUCAGGAUAAUGAAGGACCUCCAAACUUGAAAAAGAAGAAAAUGUUUGCGUCUAAUGGUGUUCAUUAUUCACCACUUACCUCUGAUGAAGAACAAGAGGAGGAAAAUCAACAAAUGAAUGGAAGGAUUGAAAGAAAAAUAACUCAAUGCACUGUGUCGAUUGAGAGUAAAGAAAUUACAUCUGUUUCUGCAGAAGGCGACUCAGUUGGAAGUUUAACAAUACGAAAGCAAGGACUCAGUUGCAGUAGUACAGACAACAACAGUAAAUGGAAAUCCACUUUUUCUCCAAUAUCUGAUACCAAUUUGACCAAGAACUCUGACAAUGGAUCACAGACAGCAUCUGCUUUAUGCCAAGCCUCUCCUUUUGGCACCAGGCCUAUUACAGGUAUUUUUAACCAUGUGGUGCCUUCAGUCUCUUCUCAUCAAUUUGGAGCCAAUUUCAGCAAUGUUCCAAUAUCUAGUAGCACAAUAUUAAGCUUUAACCCAUUACAAUCUGUUCCUGCAACCUCCCAGUCAUUUCUUUCCGUCUCUUCCAGUACAUUAUCUUCCACUGAUAGUAGAGUUAGCUCUUACCUUUCCCAAGCACCUCCACAGUCCAUACUUAACAUACCUUCCCCUAAUAUUUCCUUGCCUCCGCCCCCUCCAUUGUUAAAUUCAACUAGUUCUGACCCCUCGCUCUUCCGGACUAUGUCUUCUGUUAGCGAUGGAUACUUGCCUCCAUCCAUCUCUUGCUCUUCUACUACUUCGCUUCAAUCUGCUAACACCGCAUUAGCCUUGAAGCUUGCGUCUUUGCAGCCCAAAGCAUCUCACCCUUCCUUCACGGUGCAUCACCCACCUCUGCCACAUUCAGCUCUUGCGCAGGCAGCACCUCUAAUCCCUCAGUCUGGUACAAAUACAUCUGCAAUGUGGGUCACACUUGGCAUGCAGCCUCCUUAUGCUACACAUUUCUCUGGGGUUAAGCCUCGAUAAGAACUUGCGUACUUUAUCAGUCUUAUAAGGUAAAUAAGAAUUCUACCUCAAAACAAUGUGACCUAUGCAAGGACAAUGUGGACCAAGUUCAUCCACUUCCAUCAAACUAAAGGUGCUUGAAUAGCCUGCAAACAUUGUUUUGCUUCUUUACUACUGGAAAAUAAAAUAAAAUAUAUUCUACUGUGAAUUGGUUUGUGUUGCUGCAAAAAAAAAAGAGGCUCCUGUUGUACAGCAUUUAAAACAAAAACUAUUUAUCUUCUUGCCAACUGAUUGGGGCUAGUUGUUGUUCCAGCAAGCCUAUAGAGGCUUUGGGGUGUGGAGUGCAGCACACACCAGCAUUCAUUUGUUAACCUGCUGUCGGUGCUAUUUAAUCAUCACAAACUGUGCCUCUGUGGGUUCUGAUCCCUGGUGCUUAUUAUUCUGAAAGGUUGAUUGCUGAAUUGUUUGCUGAGAAUUUCUCAGCAGCAGAUAAUGUCCUUGUAAUAUUCUGCAUCACUUUAAGCUUGGUACGAUGCAAAUAUCGCUGAACCAUGAAUUUAUUUUAUACAACUAUGAUCGUGCUCCUUUCUUCCUCUGCCUCUGGUCUUUUGUAUGUUAAGUGAUAGGUUAUUAAAACACGGAAAAAUACUGUCCUCAUUGUCAUUCUCUUAAUUUAAUGGUGUUUUUUAGCAUUGUAAAUUGCAGUUGAAACAAAGUAAUCUAAUACCAUUAGAUACAUUUAUUAUACAUUUUAAUUAUUGCUGUGUAUAAUUUUAAUUGUAAACAAUAGCACAUUGGUUUUCUGGUGAGCUUAGUAUAUAAUGAAGUGUAAAUGUUACAAUUUUCUACACAUUUUGUUUGAAAAAUGUAUUAUGUAUAAACAACCCAAGAAAGCAAAAUAUGAAAAAGUAGACUGAAAUUUAAAAUGCAGUGCGAUUUCAUAAACUUUGUCAUUUCAAAAAUGUAUUUUAAACAUUUCUUUUUCACAGUUUUGUAUAUUAAUGGUGGGACAUCUUUACUAAUGCAGUUUUUUAAGAAGUACCUCAAGUUUUUUUAAUAUCCUUAUAAAAGUUUAACUUUCUGGUUUAGGAAUUCAACAUUGGAUUUUGCUUGAAGCUUUUUUUCUUUUAUCGAAUAAUUUUAAAGGAUUUUUUUUAUAGAGAAGGUCUGAAACAAAGAAAUUGCAGUGAUUUUUUAAUGUAAUUGUAUUCACUAACCGAGCUGCAGUUUAGAGCAAUGCCAAGCAUUUUUUAAAUUAUAAUGUGAUUGGAUUCUGCAACAGAGUGACUUAAAAGGUUUUGUAGGCCAGCAAAGAGCUGUGCUUCCUCUGUGAAGCUGAUUCACGUGCUUCGUAUUUAUUGCGUUACAGCAGAGGCACCCAUGAAUUUUUUUAAAUCUUUAUCCAACAUAUUAAGUUAAUAUUAAAAGCUAUCAAUGGGGAGGUGGGUCGGGGAGGGACUGGUCCUCGAGUUCUGCUGACUGUUUUGAAACCACAUUGCAGUUUAAAAACUCUUAUAUUUUACCUGAUGGAAUUAACUCUUUUUGCUUUGGAAUGUCUAGAAGGUAGUUAUAGUGGUGGUUAUGUGGGAAUUUUAGUUUGUGACUGAGUAAUUGUAAUAAAAUGAUAGCUUGUAAAAGCA